UAGCUUAAGAAAACACCUACAUAGAAUUAAAUAAAAGUAUCCAAAUUGCGCCGAUUUAGCAUAGCCCCGGCCUGCUGGGAGCGAUAAACAAAAACAUUGAACAAUUGCAAAGUGGGCAACUCUAGUCCCGCCUUGUCGGCCCGCCUUUUCCGCUCUCGGUUACGCGUCGUUUUCUUCACAAUUUCCUCUCGAUUUAAGGCUAAAAACCGUAUAAACCGUUCGAAAGGCAAGAUCCCUCCUACCACUCGUUCGCCGCGCUUUUAUGAAUCAACACCGAGCCGAUAACCAUCCCUCAAACCAUGACGCGCACGGUUUUUGCCCGUUCUCUUGCUCUCUCCACCAUGCCAUUAGCGGCAUCCUAUUGUCUUUGUUUAACGAACAGAAUGGGAAGGUUAACAACAAUUUUACCAUGGAAUGACUGUACGAUUGCACUGACCGAUCCGAUCGCUAGUUGUUCCUCAAACGUGGAACGGAAGGUUUGGCGCGUAGUGAUUGACGAUUGGAGCGCGACGGGAAAAAGCGCACAACUUUUACCGGGUGGUUUGGUUCCAACUGAAGAUGAACUUGAUUUGCCCAGUGAAAAAGACAAGGUUUCUUUAGUUAAUAGAUUACUUCAGUGCUCACGUGAUAUCGCGUAAAAUCCCGCCGAAUGGUGAUGAAAACAUGGAGAAAAGGUGGCUGAAAAGGAGUUUCGGGGAAAAGCCUCCAAAAUACCCAGCCACCACCCUCCGAUGCAUCUCCCCGUCCAGAGCUGCAACAUAUCCGAAGAGGCGUGGCCGCGCACCACCAUGUGCGACCCAGCCAGUUUCCCCCCACCCUACCCCAACUACGAGGACUGCAUCAACGACAUGCUCUACAAGAUCCAGGGGGAGCAUCCUGGGGAGCAAUUCGCCCCCACCGGCAGCCCCUACAUUCUCUGCUCCAAGUUGCCGGAGCAUUGGAGGUCGAACAAGACGCUGCCGAUGGGGUUCAGAGUGAUCGCCGCCACCGAGGUUCUGGAUGGUACCAAAGUGGUGGUGCAAGCGGGAAAUGACGAAAAUUGCACGGCCGAAAUGCGCAACUACAGCGCAGUCAUGAAGAAUGGCGAAGCCAAGUUUAACGACUUGCGAUUUGUUGGAAGAAGUGGACGAGGAAAAUCGUUCACCAUCACUAUCACCAUCUUCACCACCCCACCUGUGGUCGCCACUUACCACAAAGCGAUCAAAGUGACGGUGGAUGGACCCCGAGAGCCCCGCUCGAAAACAGUGAAUCCUUCGCAUCCCUAUCCGAUGAUUGGGCCCGUCGGUCUCAGAAGGCCGUUCCAUCUGGAGAGCAAUUUCGGGAAUCUGUCCUUUGGCAAACCGAAACGAACCUCGCCGAGCAGCAGCAACGGCUCGCAGGGCUCAUAUAAACAGGAACCGCAUGACAACCUGAAUGGGGCCUGUGCAGCCACUCCUCAUUACACGCCUAAUUCAUGGUCGGAUUGUAGCAGUUACGGUGCCUACAGUCCCUCAAUGGGCUACGAAACUCCUCAUCAAGACGUUUCAACGAUGCAUAUUCCAACUACAGUUCUUUCAGAUGCAACCUCCACAGAGUUUCUCAACACAUCGCUGACGCGAAACUCCCCCCCAUCAUUCAUCGGUCACAAGUCCGAUCUGCUGGAGUCGACCAUAACCAGCAGGAGCUACCAGGACACGCCCUACUGCCCGAACAGUUGGACCACGCCCUACCACCCGACGACCUGCAAUAACAACUACUACAACAACACCGCCUACAAUGCGCAACACUUCAACACGCCCAGCCCUGCUGUGGUGUAUCCUGCGAUCAUUUCCACAGUGAACCAGAACCAGAUCCACUUCCAUCUCCAUCCCACAGCCAGCGAUGUGAGCAGGAGCGAGUAUUUCCUGCCGGAUAGUGUCAGUUCGGAGAUCCCGAGGGUCGAUCUGGUUCCGACUACCGUUCGCGAAGUGGCAACAGCGCAUGGCGUCACCGCCUCCAUGCAGGAGGGUGCGAGGGAGGAGAACGCUGUCCAGGACCCGAGCAAUGUGUGGAGACCCUACUAGCCGAAGCUGCCUCGAUGAGUUUAACAUGCGGUUUUCGGAACUUGAUCUCGAGUGAAAUGUCCAAGCCAAAAAUGCACUUUUUAGUUGUAGGAACAAAGCAAUAUCGGGUCUAGGAUGCGUGGAAUGCUGGUUUAAAUCAAAAUAAUCUAAGUCAUUGCAGGCAUGCACAGACCUGCCGAAUGUGUUAAAUCAGAAUCUCCUAUUUAUGGUUUUAUUAGAUUUAUAUUUGUUACUUUGUAAACUAAGGCGUAGUAGUGUAACUGUCGAUUAGCUAGCGAUGAAAGAGUGGUAGUUUCCUAAUGUUUCUGUAAAUUUGUCAAAUAGUGAAUAAUAUUGAUUUCAAACUA